AGAGGGUGCGUCAUGGUGAGGAAAACAGGAACUUGGUAACAAACUGUUACAAAGUCCAUUUGACUACGCCGUAGCUUACACGAAAUCCCAGGACAUGACACAGGUGGAGUGUGGAUUUCGUUUUAGACAUCAGUUUUAGGAGCAGCACACAAUCUGGUGUUUGUGAGUUUUGUUGUAAUUUUAGGCUUCCUGGAAAAGCCAGGGAAUUAAAGCAAAGAGGUAGCAGGACAAGGGGCAGACAUCUGUUUCUAACAUGAACUUUAAUUCAGGUUUGGCUUUCACCUUUUGGAUAGUCUCAAAGUUUCUUACAAAGGCCAUUCUUCUGUUAUUCAUCGCUGGAAUCUCAUCAUCUGAAGAGCCUGCUGUGAAAAGUGUGUUUUUUGAGUCACGGAACUGUCGGAACACUCUGCACUGGAACGUUGACGGGAGAGAGAACUCGGAUGCCUUCUAUAGUGUGCAGUACAGAAUAUAUGGUAAACCAUGGCAAAACAAAAGGGAAUGCUUCUAUAUCACCCGUGACUCCUGCGACCUCAGCCAUGAAACGAGAGACUGUAAUGCAUUUUAUAAUGCCCAAGUAAUCGUGACAUCAAAGAAUACCAGCCAGGCGUUUGAGACUGAGAGAUUUCACCCAAAAACCAAAACUCUCCUGGGGCCACCGGCAGUGAAGUAUUCAACUACCGUGUCUUCAUUACUCUUUACUAUUGAGCUUCCCAGCACGCAAUCAAACCAAUCAUUGGAAGAUGUUUUUGAAAAAGACUUGGUAUACUCUGUGACGCUUAGUACCGACAAAUCUGUAAUGAUGAAUGUGACACAGAAGUUUAAAGAAUUUGAGAUUCCCAACCUUGACUCUGACACUGAAUACUGUGGAGUUGUGGUAUUUAAAGUUCCACCUUACAUGAAAGUCAGCGAGCCCUAUAUGUUCUGCACCAGAACAUUAAAAGACAACAGAUGGACUCUGGUUGUGUUUGUCACCGUGGUAUUCAUCUCUUGCCUUAUUGUUGGAAUCCUCUGCUGUGUUUUGAACAAGUAUCUGACGGAGAAAAGGAGGCUGCCAAAUUCUUUGGAAGCCUUGCUCAAGCCUCAAACAAUACUCUCAACUUUGUUAGUACCAACGGAACCAGAUGCCAAUGUCGUUUGUGUUAUUGUUCGCUGUAAAGAACCCAAAGAACUGGUGAACAUAGCAACGCCAAAAGGAAGCUAUGCCCCUCAGACAGCUCCCAAACAACAUUCUACAUAUGCCUCCCAAAACUUGGACACCCAGCCGUUGCUGAGAAGUCAGCAGAGCACAGAAUCAUCAGGCACAUCCUACGGCGAAGUUGUGGAAGUCUUGUCUGAGGAUUCCAGAGGUAACUACGUCUUGCAGUCACAAUCCGUGAAUCCCAGUAAUCUUGGAGCAUCUGAAUUGGUGUUGAGAGACAAGCAGCUAAGAGGCAAUGAAACCAAAGGAGGUAACAGAGACUGUGAUAUCUUUGCUGCUGGAAAACAAGAAGAUGGAUCAUGUGCGUCUUUCACAUUGAACAAUGCAUGGGGCGCUAUCAAUACUAAUGAAACAGGGCCACUGGUAAUUAGGACUGAGCGAAAAAAUGGCCUCUUGCAGAUGCCAGACCUGUUUUCUUGGAAGUUUGAAGAGCAAAGUGACGAAGCCCCUUCAAAAUUAAAUCUCCAGAAUGAUCGGGGAGGAGCUGCUUUGCUUUCUGGAGACAGAGUCAGUGAUCAGACUUCAUGGCUGGCACAAGCUGUUGAUGUUCAACAACUUUACAAAGAUGAGGAGCUGCCAAACAACCCCUCGUCUUGCUCCCAAUUCCAAGAUUAUCUCAAAACCACGCCGAGACAGCCUGAGACAGGCUUGAAUUGUUUUGUGAAUGAUAUGGAAAUCUGGAAGCUGCCCGAAAGCACCAUGCUACUCCCAUCAAAUUCAGAAAGGCCUGAAGCAGAAGGCCUCUUGCCGCCAUUCUGCACAGUUCAAGAGACUAAAGAUGAGGGACUAUUUCUCAAAGGCUGGGAUUUACAAAUUCAAAUGUAAAAAAAUGCUGUUUUAAAGCUUUUUUUUAAUGAUUUAGGGCUCAGUUGAAGAGAGGGCUCAGGAACUGCAGUUCCAGUUUACAGGCUUUGAUAAGCUGAGACGAGAAAAAAGUGAGACAACUUUCAACGCAAACCAAAUAGCUGCAAAACCUAACGGACAGAAUACCCUAAACCAAUGGGACACUCCCAACUGGAAAAUGCUAUAUUAAAUGUAUAGAAAGAGGUGAUAAAUGAAUAAAGCACAGCUUUCUACAGGAUGUACCUACAGUCUUUUUCAUCAACCUUUGCUCCUCCAAGUUACAGCAGAUUUUCAUUGGAGCAUUUUACAGCUCUGGGGAAUCUCUCUUGCUUGUAUCAAUCAGCUAUUCAUGAUUCAGGAUUACCCAGCAAAAUAGGUGGUUAAUGACGUUCAGAGUGAUUUCCCAGGGCUGUAAAUAAAUCCAAAUAAUCUAUCUGCAGUUUAUCAAGGAGGAUAUAGGCUGAAUCAACAAUGAAGUAAAGUCACGGUAAUUUGAAACGGGUAAUAUAAUACAUAUCUUGAAGAAAAUUUAUAUGAAGAGUGCCAUUGACUAUUGAACAGAUAAGAGCAAGGUGAAGGUGGAAAAGACCUUGACUUUUGUCUGUAAUGCUUGAUUUGUUUUCAGCUUAAUAUCCGUAUAAAAUAUAUAUACAUCCUGAUUGCUUAGAAUUAUGUACAGUAUUGUUUUAUACGAACAGUGAUUUCUAAAAUGUGUUCAUACACAUUAUAUUUUAUAUUAUGCAAUCAAGAUUUAUAGAUCCCAUCCCUAUUUUUUUUUAUUGCACUGAAGUGUUUUGUCUUGAGCUGAGAACACAAAACCACUUUGUGGCUUGGAACUAGGUUUCAGGAGACUAGGUUUCAGUCCACUGCAUGGCACACCAGGGGAGACUUGGGGUUUGAUACGACAAAGUUGCCUCAAACUCGGUCUCCUGGAACCAGGUUUCAAGCCACUGUUCCCGAAAAAGUGGCUCUGUGUUCCCUCAGCUUUAGAUUGUAGCUAUAAAUUUAUUCUAAAAUGAUUAUAAUGGUUUAAAAUAAUUAUAACAUAAGGCUAUUAUAUAAGAAACGUAGUCCUUGACUUACAGUUUUACUCUCAGCGUUUUGAAGUUUGGAAGAAAAUAAUAAAAGUUUGAUCUUUGUCUUAUCAAUGGCUAACUAUUGAAAACCCUGCAUGUGUGAAACAAGAGAUAUAUAUUUUUAACUAAUGUACAGUACAUUUACUUCUGCUUUCUUUAUCCAUGUACAUUGUGUGCUGUGGACGGUUCUGUGCAUAACAAGCAAUUGUAUAUUUAUAUGUAUAUAACUUUUUUAUUUUUCACUUUGUACUGUAAUUGUAUGUAUGUGUGUGGGAGGGUACAGGGGAAACAGACAUUGAGAACAGUCUCAAUGAAGUACUGCUUGAAUCUUAAACUUUGAUUCUGAAAUCUUUAACAAUAUCAUUUCAGCAAAAUAAAUUAUUAUUUUUUUAAA